AUGACUCCAGAUCAGUUAAAAGGAUAUUCUGCAUGGUGGCAUGGGUCAGUCUGGCUGCACAAACCCAGAAGCUCUUGGCCAAACAAUGUUAAGCUAGAAGACGUCGUAUUCGAUCCAACCCUGCUGGAAGAGAAACCAGCCGUAGCUAUACCCGUACAGUCACGACCACCUAAUGAAAUUUUCCAUCUACGAUCAACAUUAUUUGCACAGAUUCGAAUAACAGCCUUGUGUAGAAGGUUCACUCACAACUGUAGAAAUCCAGACGGCCGAAAAACUGGUUAUUUGGCCUUCGAAGAACGUAAAACGACGUUAUUGGAGUUGGUAAAACUUGCUCAAGCUGAAAGCUUUGCCGAAGACAUCACCAACCUUUUAACAACUGGCCAGGUUCAAGUAUCAUCGCGUCUCGCCUCUCUGCAUCCAAUGCUUGUCAAUGGAAUCAUCGUUGUCGGUGGUCGACUCGAAAAUGCUUUAAUUUCCUUUGGAAGGAAACACCCAAUGAUUCUAGACAACGCACACCCACUCACUGUGCUAAUAGCAACACACUACCAUCGUAAUAUGUUACAUGCUGGACAACAAUUACUAGCUGCCAGCAUUCGAGAACGAUUCUGGCCACUUCGCCUGAGAAACCUUUGCAGAAAGGUGAUUCGUAGCAGUGUUUCCUGCUUCCGCGCGAAACCGACAAUUCAAGAACAAAUAGUGGGUGAUCUUCCAGCAGAACGCGUGUGUCCUACCCCACCAUUCACUCGAGUGGGGGUGGAUUACUGUGGCCCAAAGGCAAUACACAUGGAGAUGGUUUCCGAAGGCAAUACACAUGGAGAUGGUUUCCGAUCGAACAACAGACGGAUUUAUCAGUGCGCUUCGUCGGCUCGUCGAGGACUGCCAAAAAUUAUAAUGAAAUUAUUAGAGAGAGUUGGAUCAACUGCGCAGGCUAUUCAACUCACAAGAGCUCGUUCAAUCUGUGCCACAAGCUGCUGCAAGUGUAGGCAUAAGCUUCAAAUUCGCCUAACUUUGGCGGUUUGUGGGAGGCGGGGUUUGUGGGUCACGCCCGAAGAAUUCUACACUUUACUUACGAAAAUUGAAGCCUGCUUGAACAGUCGACCAUUGACGCCGAUAAGUAAUGAUCCUACGGAUCUGGAAAUCUUUACGCUAGGUCAUUUUCUCAUUCACCGGCCAUUGACGGCCGUUGUGGAACCCUCGUUGCAAAACCUACCAGAUAAUACUUUGUCUCGAUGGCAGCGAGUCCAGCGAUAUCUUCAGACAAUUUGGAAAAAAUGGUCUACAUCGUAUUUGUCUAAUCUUCAAAAUCGGGUUAAAUGGACCAAAGAGCGAAAAAAUCUCACCAAAGACAUAAUGGUUUUGCUCAAGGAGGAAAAUCAACCGCCCAUGCGAUGGCCACUUGGACGAAUCGUUGAAGUUCACACAGCAGAAGAUGGGAAGGUUCGAGUUGUCAAGGUUAGAACGAAGGAUGGCAUCUACACAAGAGCCAUUUCGAAAAUUUGUGUCCUGCCAAUUUUGGACAAUAAUUCUUCUGAAAAUCAGCAAGAGGAGGAUUAA